GUAUCGAAGUGCCGGGCGAACAUCGGCUUAAGUGCCAGCUCUAUGUUUACGUGUAGAACUUUAUUUUCGAUUUAGUUUUGUUUACCAAUAAAUUUCGUUAGCUAUGACCAAUCUACAACGCUGGCUGUUUUACGCAUCGCUCUUCGCGAUUCCCUACCUUUCCGUUCUUUUGGGAACAGUGCAAACGCAAUUGACUACCAAGUACUUUCUGCACAUUCAGCUUCUGCCACUUGCUCUCCUCGUGAUUUUCGGGAUCUAUUCCGUUUGGACUGUUCUAUAUAGAACUCUGACGUUCAACGAUUGUCCCGUGGCCGCCAAGGAGCUGCAGGAUGAAAUUCUGGAGGCUCGCAAGGAUCUGAUAGCCCAAGGAUUCCGGUUUCGGGACUAAUGGGGAACUAGGGGACCUCCAGCUCCCAGGACUUGUGCAUGUUAAUCUGUAAUUCCAUUAUUUAUAAAACAAAAAUCACGCAAUUUUAAGCAACUCCGCAUUUUGUGUGGGCGAGAGGCUUGUUGGCUCUGAUUUCCCCAGUGCCGGAAGUUUGGUGGCCAAAUUAUGUUGAGGUUUUGAUAAAACAUGCUUGGAAAGAAUGAAACACAGUUGUAAAAGCAUAUAUGUAUGUACGAAUAAAUCCAUCCUUAAUUGGGUUGUGUUCACUGAGA